UCUCAACAGCACGUGCCAGAUACCAAACCAUCGGUCCAGAUGAAAGAGCACUAACCCAAUCCAAGGGCCACAAAUUCAUCCGUACAAACUCUCACUUAUCGACUAGCAACGGUUCAAACCGUCCCACGUGUUCAAAAGAUAAACGUUAUUAACCCUUCUGAUCCAACGGAUCCUGCUCAUUACCUCCCAAAAAUACAAACCCUUACCGUUCCGUUUCACCCCUUUUCCCCUCGCCGGAGCCACCGUCAAACACCGCUGUCCACAGUCGCCGCACUCAUAACACACCGAUUUGAAGUUCCACAAAACUCGCACGUUCAACUUCCCGACGCGUUUUGUUCAUCUUUCAAGAAACAGAGCUUCAACUUCACGCUGAAAUUCUGAGUCAAACCGAUUCGUGUGCCGCUUCCAACUCGUUAAACCGAACUCCGAUUCUUUGAUUCUCAUUCAGUUCUAUCCAAUUCGAGUUCAAAAUUCCAAACUAAAUCGCACCAACACUUCAAUUUCAGAUUCCGGUGAGUUUCCGAAGUCAAAACGAUCCGAACUGAGUUCUUGACUCGUCGUCGGUGAAAUAAGAUUCGAAUUGAACAGUCGGAGCUUCAAGAAUGGCGGACUCCGACAACGACUCCGGCGGUCCACACGGCGGAGGAUCGAGCGCUCAUGGCAGCGAGAUGUCACCGAGAGAGCAAGACCGUUUCCUUCCGAUAGCGAACGUAAGCAGAAUCAUGAAGAAGGCACUUCCAGCGAACGCCAAGAUCUCAAAGGACGCCAAAGAAACAGUUCAAGAGUGCGUUUCAGAGUUCAUCAGCUUCAUCACCGGUGAAGCCUCCGACAAGUGCCAACGCGAGAAGCGGAAGACGAUCAACGGCGACGAUUUGCUGUGGGCGAUGACGACGCUCGGGUUCGAGGAAUACGUGGAGCCUCUCAAAGGCUAUCUUCAGAGGUUUAGGGAGAUGGAAGGAGAGAAGACUGUGGUGGCGCGUGACAAGGACGCGCCUCAAGGUUCUAAUAGUGUAAACAACAGUUCGUUUGAGAGUGGUGGUAAUUAUGGUGCGGGAAUGAUGAUGCAUCAAGGACACGUGUAUGGUUCUGGUGGAUUUCAUCAAGUUAUGGGUAAGGGUGGGCCUGGGUAUCCUGGGCCUGGGCCUGGACCUAAUUCUGGUAGGCCCAGAUAGGCAAUUUCCACUCAUUCCAAACAAAUCAAGGUGUAUAUUUCAGAACAAAUCAAGAAUUUGUGUGUUAUCUAGAGAUAUACUUGAAAACCUAUGUGUGAAUUGUGAUCACACUUUUUAGAUAAUGAUAGAGAUUUGGUUUGGGUGUUUUGUAUUUUGAUAUCAUUGGUGAUUGAUGACAUAAUCUAAAGUCAAUGCACUUUGUAAUGUUGUACUACAAUAGAAAUAGUGCUUAUUUGUAUUGUGAUACUUUUAAGGUGGUCUGAUAUUUUCCUUUUA